UGUCAACAUCAAUUCAGUUCAAUUCCACUCAGUCCAGACACAUUCUCCAUGCCAGUGGUGGAGCUGAGGUGGGGAUAAAAACUGAAACAUAACACUUUAUUUUAUGGUUUUUGACAACACUGUAUGAUGAAUCAACUCAUAAGACCAAAAACAGCACAGCUCAGAAAUAUCACCUCAUAUAUGCCCAGAAUGUACUCAGCAGCAACUGGUGUGAAGAAAAAGGCUGUAAUAUUUGAUAUGGGUGGAGUUCUAUUGCCAUCACCUUUACCAUAUUUUGAUCAGUAUGAAGAACGGUAUCGAAUACCAUCAAAAGAAAUAACAAAACUUGUUUUGAGUGGAGCGCAAUCAGGUAUUUGGGGCCAGCUGGAGCGUGGAGAAUGUACUGCUUUAGAGUAUAAAAAGCUGUUUGAAGACCUUGCACAGCAAAGCUUUGGAAGGCACCUUCCAGAAGACAUUGUUAUAAGAAUGAUUGAACAAACAGCAAUUUCACAGCCUUUCUCAAAUAUGAUGGAUGCAGUUCAAUGCCUCAAAGCAGAGGGAGUAAAGACUGCGAUUCUUACAAAUAAUUUCUUUGUCAGAGAGAAUGAGUCUUUCUUACCUAUGGAUCAAAGUCUUUUCAAUGUGGUUGUUGAGUCCUGUAAAGAAGGUGUCAGGAAACCAGACCCUAUAAUUUACGAACGAACAUUAAAAAGGCUGAAUGUUGAAGCUGAAGAAACAGUUUACCUCGACGAUUUGGGGCAGAAUCUGAAACCUGGAAAGGAGCUGGGAAUGCAUACAAUAAAGGUGUCUGACACCCGUGAUGCAAUCCGUGAGUUGGAAAAUAUAUUUGGGAUUCCCCUUCAAGGGUUCAUUCCUGGUACAGUUGCUGUAAGAGCUCCGCAUCAACUCAACGAAGUAGCUUUGAAGAAAUAUCUUCGCGAGAAGUUAAAACUCAAGAGUGACGGUCACCCAAUGACUAUACGAAAGUUCAAGCACGGGCAGUCAAACCCAACAUAUUACCUGAAGUUUGGUGGAAAAGAACUUGUAUUGCGAAAGAAGCCUCCUGGAAAGCUGCUUCCAUCUGCUCAUGCCAUCGACAGAGAGUUCAGGGUGAUGAAAGCUGUAAUGAAUGCUGGUGUCCCGGUUCCAAACUGUCUUGACUUAUGUCUGGAUGAAAGAAUCAUCGGCACACAUUUUUAUUUGAUGGACUACAUGAGAGGAAGACUGUUCAAGAACGUCGCCUUGCCUGGAAUCUCACCGGAUGAAAGACAGGCAAUAUACACUGAGAUGAACCGAGUUCUUUCUAGAAUUCAUACUGUCAAGCCCGAAGCAGCUGGUUUGGCUGACUUUGGCAAAAAAGGGAGCUACAUCAAACGACAAGUGGAACGAUGGGCUUCACAAUAUGAGGCCUCGAAGACGCAUGAAAUCCCAUCUAUGGACAAGUUAAUCAAAUGGCUUAAUACUAACAUGCCAGAAAGUCAUUCGGAUCAUGUGGUUCACGGGGAUUUCAGAAUCGACAACAUGAUAUUCGAUGAACACAGCCCAAAAGUCAAGGCUGUUCUUGACUGGGAAUUAUCGACUCUCGGCGAUCCUCUCUCAGACCUUGCUUACAACUGCAUUGCAUAUUAUUUAAGCCCAAAGUUCCCAAUCCUCCCUGGCAUUGCAGGCCUAAACUUGAAAGCUGAAGGCAUCCCUACCGACAUUGAGUACAUGAAGGAAUAUUGCAGAAAUGCUGGAAUACCUCCGGUAGAAAACUGGGAUUACUACCUUGCGUUCUCCUUCUUCAGAAUAGCAGCCAUCUUGCAAGGUGUUUAUCAGAGAUCACUUAAAGGCCAAGCCAGUCAAGAAAGCGCCAAAGAGGUUGGUGUCCUUGCAGAAGAAGUUGCAAACAUCGGCUGGAGGAUAGCAUCAAAGCAAGAGUCCCAGGCCCCAGAAAAUACUGUUCAAAAGGAGAUGGAGAAAAAAGAAAAUCCCCCUGUGGAGCACCCUAAGACGUCACGGGCUGAGGUCUCUACGAAACAUGCUGGCCACAUUUAUGACCUCCUGCCUGUUAGUGUAUCUCAGUUACGACCAAAGGCACAGAAGCUUUUUGCACAGCUAGAUGCGUUUAUGAAGGAAGAGGUGUAUCCGAGAGAGAAAGAGAUAUCAAUAGAGCGGUCUGGCAAUGAAAAAUGGCAACCCCACCCUCUAAUUGAAGAAUUAAAGGCUAAAGCAAAGGCUGCAGGUCUGUGGAACCUAUACAUUCCAAUUGAAGCUGAUCCAGAUGAAAAGUACGGAGCUGGGCUCACAAAUAGUGAAUAUGCCUUUCUUUGCGAGUUGAUGGGCAAGGUUAUAUUUGCUCCUGAGGUGUUCAACUGCUCGGCCCCUGACACAGGAAACAUGGAGACUCUGAUAAAGUAUGGCACAGAAGAACAAAAGGAUCAAUGGCUGGUUCCAUUGCUGAACGGCGAAAUAAGAUCAUGUUUUGGAAUGACUGAACCAAAUGUAGCGUCAUCUGAUGCAACAAAUAUCCAGUCUUCGAUUAAGCAGGAAGGUGAUCAUUGGGUCAUCAAUGGAAGAAAAUGGUGGACAUCAGGUGCUAUGGAUCCCCGAUGUAAGCUGUGCAUAUUCAUGGGGAAAACAGACCCGUCGGCUCUAAAGCACAGGCAACAGAGUAUGGUUCUUGUACCGAUGGAUGCUCCAGGAGUUAAAGUCAUUCGACCUUUGUCUGUUUUCAAUUACGAAGAUGCACCAGCUGGACAUGCAGAAGUUAAUUUUGAAAAUGUCAGGGUACCUCUUUCAAACAUUCUUCUUGGCCCAGGGAGGGGCUUUGAAAUCGCGCAGGGUCGUCUUGGUCCCGGGCGAAUUCACCACUGCAUGCGAUUGGUGGGUUAUGCAGAACGAGCCCUUGAGCUGAUGAUUGAAAGGACAAAAUCAAGGGUUGCUUUUGGUAAACCAAUUAUCGAGCAAGGAACAAUCAGAGAUGAUAUAGCUCAAUCAAGAAUAGACAUUGAGCAAGCAAGGCUCUUGACUCUUAAAGCGGCUCAUUUGAUGGACACAGUUGGAAAUAAGGUUGCUGCGCCAGAAAUAGCCAUGAUAAAGGUUGCAGCUCCAUUAAUGGCUGAGAGGGUUGUUGAUAGAGCAAUUCAGGCCUUCGGUGGAGCUGGUUUAUGUGCAGAUUUCCCGUUGGCUCAUUUCUUCACCUGGGCUCGUGUCCUAAGACUCGCAGACGGUCCUGACGAAGUUCAUAAAGAGGCUAUAGCCAGAAUGGAGAUUAAGCGAGGACAGAAAAGUCGUUUGUAAGAGCUCAAUCCGCUCCAAUGCUUUGACCUAUUUUAACUGUAACUAAAGCCCCCCUUCCCUAAUUGAAUAAUUGAACUAAUUUCUUUCCUACAAAAAUGUCGUGUAGAAAAUCGAGAGGGAAUUCAGUUGCUUCUUUGUACUUUUUUCCUAAUGCCUGUAUACUGCAAAUACUACAAAAAAUAUCAAGUAGCAUUAUCGAUAUCAGUUGAUAUUAUCUAAAAUAAUGUAUUUCAUGAAGCACUUAUCAGUCUUGACCCACUACCCCUAGAAAUUUCCACCUUGAUCAAAUGGUGCCUUUUAUUGCGAAGUUCAACAGGCAGUAUAGGUACUUUCGUUAUUAUCGCGCUUGUACAAAGAUACACUGCUCAAUUUAAAUUUUAAACAUUUUUUGAAAACAUUAGGAAAGGCAACAUGCUCUGUUAUGCUAGGCCAUAAUUCUUCCAUGUAACGAAUAUAAGCAGUCAUGUUUUGUCUGAUAUAUGUACUUUACCAAGACACAUUUCCUUCAAGAUUCUAGUUUUUCACAGGAUAAAUAAUAAGUCUACUUUUCAUGUACCUAUUUUUACACCUUCUAUCGCAUAACCUAUAUUUCAAGAUGCAUUGUACCCAUUCUGAUAAAAAAUUGCCUUUUAAGAAAAGCGGAUUCAGAAAAAGAAAUUCAGAUAGAUGUGUACUUGAAUAAGAAAAGUGUUAGAAGGAAAUUGACUUUUUAACAAAUUUAGUGAUUUUAGAUCCCUCCUUUUAGAUCAAAAGCCUCACAACUUUUCACAUCCAACUUGCCUAAUAAUUUCUUAUUCCCCAUACUAGUUUCUAAUGUAAAAAAUUGUAAUAAAAUCUGUAUAACUUGAGCCACCAAGAAGAAGAUGAAGUUGGUUCGAGUUUACGAAAGUUCGAAUUAACGUAAAUUCGAGUUUAUGAAAUUUUUAGGUAUCGAAGUUUUGAGUUAUCGGUUGUUCGAGUUUCCUGGAUUGUAUUAUCCAGAACUCCAAUGCCACAGUAAAUAAACUUAAAAUAAAGGAACUUUUGAGAAAAAGCCACUUCUGAAAUUUGCUGCUGAAAUUCGCCAUUGUUUCUUUUAUUAAAUAGGUUUACAGGAAUUUCUUACUAGAUUUGAUAGCAUUUAUAUAUGUUGAAAAUGCAGUAUAUAAUUUUACAUGCCACCAUCACCCUUCGUCUAUUUUUGUGUAGUCGAUAUUGCAUUUAUGAUUUGUUUUGCGUACAGUUUUUCCUGCUGUGCGGGAGUUUUCAAACCCGAAUGUUUCGCUUGUCAGUCGAUUGUGUUUCUUUUCUAUUGUAUGCUAAAAAUAAGCUUAUAAUUUCAUGUAUCUUAAUCUUACAAUUCGUUUGUUAGCCGGAUUAGACAAAUGCUUGAGAAGGUAGUCAAAAGACACUAAAGUCGCUAGCCAUCUGUCAAUCAAUAUUAACCAAUCAUUGAGCAGGACAACACCCAAACGCUUGUUGAUUGGACAACAGUUGAUUGACAUAUGGCUUAAGCCACUUUAGUAUCCCUCGAUUGCCUUAAACUACAGAUUUUGAUUUAGCAGGAUAAAUACACUAGUAGAAAGCUUUUCAAAAAACACCAAGACGUUUAUAUUUGAUGCUAAUUUUGCUGUCACGUAUUUGAAAUAUAUGGUCAAAUUUAA